AUGUGGCGCGAUUGCUUCAAGCUCCCUGUUGGAUGGACCCCUUCUCAAGGCCAAGAGGGUAGAGGAGCAGGAGGAGGGAGAGGAAGAGGCUGUGGAGGCCGUGGCGGUCGCGGAGGUGGUGCUGCAAAUAUGAAGAACGGUGACAACGAGAGCGAGUCGAGGGACGAUCGCUCUCCGGGUCAAUUCUUCUUCGUAUCAAUGCAAGCACCGGCUGCACCAGAGAAGGAUGAAAGCUUUGAGGAGCCUGCUGCUGUGGGGAAGAUCCAUGUGGUCCCCAUGCCUAAGGAGAGGCAAGUGGCAGCAAGCAUCAGCACCAAGGGUGAAGCAGUUGGUAGCGGCGAUGGCGCGAACGGUCGCGCUAAGGAGAUUGAGUCCAAGAAGUGCAAUCUUGGAGAAACUAGCAAGCUCGGUGAACACGAGGAGAGUGGUGCAGCAGCCAAGAAGCAGCACAAGGAUGAGGAGAACCCCAUGGCAACAGCGGGGGAGGACUACGGAGAGAGCAUUUCGGAGGCAACGGCUAAGGCACCACUUGAUGAGGUGGUGAUGGACGUGGUGGGCCCCUUGAAGCUUGGAACUGCUGGAGCAGAGUACUUCCUCACCAUUGUGGAUGUCUACACGCGUAUGACCUGGGUGUACAUGCUGUCCAAGAAGAGCGACGUGGCUGAAACGGUGAAGACCGAUUGGUUGCCGAUGGUGGAGCGGCAACAAGACCGGCUAGUCAAGUCAAUCCGCACCGAUCGAGAGGGAGAGUUCUUGAGCAAGGAGUUUGGAUUGUGGCUGAAGAAGAAUGGCAUAAGGCACUCCCUUACCAUGCCAUACUCCCCUGCAAUGAACGGCAUCGCCGAGCGAGCGAACCGCACAAUCACGGAGACGGCACGCGGGUUGCUCAUUGAAGCCUGGCUACCCGACUAUUUCUGGCCUGAUGCGGUGCGGAGUGCGUGUGUGGCCAAGAACAGAGCUUUGACUCAUGCGGGAGCAGACAAAUGGGUGCCCUAUGUGGAGUGGAUUGGAAGGAAGCCAAAGGUGGAUAUGCUUUGGGUGUUCGGGUGCAUGUGCAUGGCGCUCGUGCCCAAGCAUCUUCGGCACAAAAAGCUCGGUGCCAAGGCGAUAUGGGCUGUGCACUUGGGCAUGGCUCAAAACAGCAAGGGGUGGCUUCUUUGGGACCCAUUCACCAAGAAAUUCUUGGUGGGCAGGGACUGCAAAUUCACGGAGAAUCUGAUGUACAAGGAUUGGAAGGCGGAGAAUGAGGCGAAGAUAGGCAUGCGGUUUGGGGAGGUGAAGAGUUCCGGUUUGGAGCAUGUGGAGCUGCCCUUGAAGCUGCCCUUGGAGCUGAGCAGCGGCAGCACCGCCACAAGGCAAUCUUCUCUUGUGAAUAGGGGAGAGGAGGCCAAGGAUGCAGAGGAAGAAGAGGAGGAGGUGCAGCAAGAAAGUGAGUAG